ACACAGAAACUUCGUGCGUCAUCAUCUAACGUCAUGAUGCCAUGGCUGCACCGGAAGCGGUCCAAUUUUGGCAAACAGUAAAAUAACAUCUCAAGUGCUUUAACCCCACCUAGAUGCGGAGACUCUUACCGUGAGGUUUGGGACAUGUUUGGUAAAGACAACGUCUGGUGUCCAGGCAGCCGAGCGCGGCGCUGACCUCGUCACUUCUGUAGCAGAGGUGGCCACCCGUCCAGACACUCGAGUCAGACCACGACGUGAACGUCACCAGCUUGCCAACGAUGUCUGCCACCGCUGUACAGCAGUCCAUGGACAGCAGACAGGGGCUUGAGCUUUGCCUGGCCGACAACGUGCACUCUCCGGAACCCUGUCAACCCUCGGCUACACACACAAACAAACCAAGUUCCGGCCCGUGGGACUCGGGCAGCGGGGAGUUCCAGAAGACAGCCUUAACAGACCAGAAAGAAAUUAGCGACAGCACCCGAGGCCGCAGCACAAACACGCCUGGACCUGAAAGUUUUAGUUCGGAUAAAUUUAACUCGCCGGCUCAAUUCAUAGAAUACACGCCAAAGUCGGGCUCGUACGAAAGCAAUUACUUUAACAACCGGUCCAAUUCUGGAACAUUCUAUGACAAGCCGCUCAACGGGUGCUACACGUCAAACUUUAGCAGCAUCGUAUCCAGCUCAAAUAAAGAUAAGUUCAACGUAGAUGAUUUCAUGCGGGAUGUCAAAAGUGGGAAAUAUUCGAACGGCGAAACCAUAGCGCCGGAUGUUGACAGCGUUCAAGGGGAGAGCAGCCAGCCUGAGAUGAACAAUUCGCCAACAAACUCGCCAACACACUCGCCAUCUGAGACCACCAACGGCACCCAGUCCGGCUCGUCCUCUGGCACCGUGUCUAGACAAGAUUUCAGUUUUGAGUCCAGUGAGUUAGGUCUAAAGUUAAAGUCCACUCUCCAGUCCGAGUUUUUGUCCCGAGAGUUCAAGCCCAGUUCAGGUGGCGGGGGUCGUUCUAUCGACGACAUCAUGAGGGACUACGGGGUCAGCUCCAGGCCUUAUUCUUCCGCUGACUCCUACACACGCAGCUAUCUCUCGUCUUCUCUUGGCUACAUGAACGUCUCGGCCAACAACGAAAGCUCCAAAUUCCCACCAGGUAGUAUCGAUACCUUAAGUUUAAGCCGUAUAGGACACACCGUAAACAACAACCACCCAGAAACAUUAGGUACUUACAGCGAAAUAUCGAUCAGAAGCAACAACUUUUCAAGUAGUAUCGAUAUCCCCAAGGGUUCGAGCACAUCGGUAGAAGAGGGACCGCAGUCCGUGGUGGGCAUCAACAAUGUCUCGCAGAACAACGAGACGGUUCCCGAGGAGGAACACGAUAUGAGGAACUUCGGCUCCUCGGUCGACUACUCCACGGCCAUCAACUACAGGAGCAUGUCCACCACCUCUCAGCGCUACACCUCCAUCACCGACCUCGGCAAAGUCGGGCCGUACUCCGGGGACAUCACCCUCAAGCCGACUACCAGCAAGUACAGCUCAGUCGAGUCUAAGAAAUCGGAAAUUGUUCUCGAACCUUCGGGUAGUGGUACGUCUAAACAAACCAGCGUCGACUACGUCAAGCCGGUGCCUGACACGAACAAGUACCACGGCACGGUUUACUACGGGGAAAUGGCUAAAACUUUGCCGUCAUCUUGGGGCACGGGUUCACAGUAUCCAUUCAACAGUCACGUUGGAUCGACUUCAGACGCCCUGGGCUUCUCCUUACAAGCAGAAAGACAGAGACUACGGAACAUUGACGCGAUGAUAUCAACUACUCCCUUCCAUUCGCGGGCCCAUGACAUUCCUUACUCUUCAAGGUUUGUAACGGGGCAUAACUUCGGCUCGAGUGAGUUAGAAGGGCGUAGGAGAUAUUCGUCGCCACAUUUCACCCCUAUAUCCACGCGAGUGGAAUGGUCCAGCACGCGAGGACACACCCCCAUGGGAAAAUCUACCUCUGCACCCAAUGAGCCAUCCCGUAACUUACACGCUACGGGUUCCUCUGUGGACGCUUCGUACCUGGGCGGCAACAACUUCCAGUAUAACAACUGCACCUACAACCCUUCCCUUGCACAUAAAACAAGCGAUAAAAAGACAUCGGAAAACAGUAGGGGGCAAACACCCAAAGAAAGUUGUCCGUUUAAAAAUCUGAAGAAGAGAGAUCCGAAGGGCGGAAGCUGCUCACCCGUACGUAACGCUCUGUCUCGGCCAACAUCGGACGCUGUUGUAUCGCUGCGCGACAAGAGGAGCCAGGGGAAGAUGGUGCAUCGCGCGGCCAGCUGCUCGCGGAAGAAAGAGAAGCUCGAUGAAUACAAAAUAGGAAACGUUUUUGAGUUUGUCAAAGAUUUAAAUAAAAUGUGGCAGCAGAGUAUAGCGGGAGAAGGGGGGAAGAAGGUGAAAGUUUUAUCCAAGUACCAACCGUACCAGCCUACAUCGACCACGAGCGUCAAGUCCCCCACCGAUAAACGCGGGGCCUUCGACAGAUCUACCGGCCAGAUCCGACCUCAAAAAAGUCAAAGCUGCCGGGUCUCGCGUGAAAUCUACGAGAUGGCUGGAGAGAAAGAAAAUCUAUCCGGUCGGGAAAACAGCAUUAAAAACAAAAGGGUCAAGUCUGCUAAAUCUUUCACCGCGGAAACAACAACGCCUAAAUCGAUUCUAAAACAACCCAGUAAAGUCGUCGCCUCCCGAUCAGUCUCCGUGACCCCCAACAAAUCCCUGACGAGGAAUACCCCAACCCCAGCGCGUUUCCCUGGCAACCAACUAACCACUGCUCAGAUGUUUGCCGGGUUAACUUUGAAGAAAAAAACAACCACCAGCAAGAACAACCGAAAAUCACAAGCUGCUGCUAAAGCUUCAAAUAAAAUCAAACAAAAAUGAUGUUUUGUUACGUGAAAAUAAUCAACUAUAGUUCACUAUACUUUUCCGAGGACGCAAACUUUUCAACUGGAUAUUUUACCCUUUUGGCGGGCAAUAAUUUUUUACUAUGAAUAUGACUCAAAUGUCACCACUUGUAAAAGUAUACAAGGUCCUUGUUCCUAGACACACAGCUUGAUACUAAAAUUUAAAAAUCGCGCUCAAUUUUUGGUGGAGAUCAAUACAACAUGGCCGGUUUAUAAAAUGAGUAUAAACUACAGCAAAUGUGGACAACUCGAAUCAAUAACUGACCGAGAGAUUUUUUUCUUUUUAGUUAAUCAAGCUGCAGAAAUCAGCCCAAGGCAGUCGUCUUUUAGAAAACAUCUUUUAUCUACCGCGAAGUGAAACUCUUUAACAACAAAAAUCACUUCUGUGCUACUGGGUCGGAUUUUUAACUUAGUAAUUUAGAAAUGCUUAAAUUAAAAUUAUGUAUCUGUUGCAACUUC